AUGAGAUGCAAGGGAAGAUUGCAGUUUUCUGGAUUGUCGUUUGAAGUACAGAAUCCAGCGUUGUUACCAAGAGGACACCAUUAUACCAAUUUGGUAGUGAAAGAAGCACACGAGCUUGUACUUCACGGAUUGGUGAGUAUGACGUUAGCCGAGGUCAGACAAAGAUAUUGGAUUCCAAAGGGCAGGCAAGUAGUGAAGAAAGUGCUGAAAGAGUGCAAGCAAUGCGCAAAGAGAAGUUCCAAGCUGCUAAAGGGAACAGUCACAGCUCCGUUACCGGAACUUCGGGUUAAACCAGCACGUCCAUUUGAGGUAACUGGAUGUGAUUUUGCAGGUCCAAUUCACUUGAAAGGCAAUGAGAAGGCAUACAUCGCUCUUUUCACAUGCGCGGUAACACGAGCUGUUCAUUUGGAGCUUACAAAGGACAUGACAGCUACUGAGUUUAGGGUGGUUCUGCAAAGAUUUGUUAGUCGCAGAGGAGCACCUAGCACAGUCAUUAGCGACAAUGCAAAGACGUUUAAAAGCACAGGAAAACAGUUGAAGAAGAUAUGCGACAACGAAAAUUGGCAAGGAUAUUUAACGACGAAGAGAAUAGACUGGAUAUUCAACGUUUCCAAGGCACCGUGGCAAGGAGGAUUCUUCGAAAGACUGGUUGGAAUCUCGAAAACGACCUUGUACAAAGUCUUGGGACGUUCGAAGCUGAGUUUCAGAGAGGUUGAGACAAUGCUCAUACAGGUAGAAGGCUUGAUGAACAACCGACCGCUGACCUACCAGACGGAUGAGCUUGAAAGUGAACCUCUGACGCCUAAUCACAUGAUUUUCGGAUAUGCUUUGCCAACCAUCGCCAACGAUGCAAACGAUGCCAAUGAAGAAAUGAGUGACGAUGAGGAGUCUUCUGCAAGGGUAAAUAAGCGACUUAAGUACGUGUCGACAAUGAAGGCUCAUUUGUGGAAGAGAUGGACUCGCGAGUACUUACAGGGACUGAAAGAAUACCAAAGACAAGCUGACCGAAAAUCGAGAGUGCCGGAAAUCGGAGAAAUCGUGCUUAUCGUUGACAGCACCAUCCAAAGAAGACAUUGGCGAAUGGCGAAGAUAGUCGAUCAUAUAAAGAGCAGAGAUUGGAGCUUAAACGCUUUAAUUGGGACCCAAUGA